UUUAUGAAUGAAUGGAUCUAAUUUUCAUGAUACUUAAACUGUGUAUCUGAUGAACGCGGAAAAACCUGACAGCUCGCGUAUUUAUCUGGCUAGCAUAACACAAGAUGACGUCUCAAGCGAGCUCCCUACCUUAACAACCUAAAAACGCGCCACACUUCACGAUGUUUUAUGCACAAAUCUUCACCUCUAAACGAAGCACGUUAGCCAAGAUAUGGCUCGCAGCCCACUGGGAGAAGAAAAUAACCAAAGCACACGUGUUUGAAUGUGACCUAGAGACCACCAUAAAAGAGAUCUUAUCGCCUCAGAUGAAAGUUGGUCUGCGAACAUCAGGUCACCUUCUUUUAGGAGUUGUCCGGAUAUACUCAAAGAAGACCAGAUACCUUCUUGCAGACUGCAGUGAUGCAUUGGUCAAAAUUAAAGUGGCUUUCAGGCCAGGACAGACAGAUCUGCCUGAGGAUGCGAUGGAGGCCAUGUUAAAAACCAUCACUCUACCGGAAGACUUCACCGACUUUGAUUCCCAGCUUCCCGAUCUCAACACCAUCGACGUGGUCGAUCACUUCUCUUUGAACCAGUGCCGCACUGAAGAUAUUACUCUGAAAGAGAGCUUUGAGAACCACUUUCUCACCAUGGAGAGGAUAGGUGAGGAAAUCCAGUCUUUUCAAGGAUUGUUUGAUCAGAGUUUCAGUGUCCAAGGCGAUUGCUUUGGUGAUGAAGAAAUGGCUGUCGACCUCAUUGACUUUAUAGCCAAUACGACCGAUGAUGCUGUGGUGCCCGAUAUCUUUGAUGAAACUCCUAAUGAAUUGCCAGCUACACCUCCCCCAACUGCUGUCAAUGCAGAAGAGUUGGAGUCUGUGAAACCAGAACUUUCCUGUUUAAAGGAUAGGAGCAGUCCAGCCCCGACCGAGACCACUUUCUUAGUAAAUGCGGAGGAGGGUUUUGCUCUUGCACCUGUUGUUGCCUCAACAUCUUCAACAAGGAAAAGAAGCGCGAGGAAGCGGAAACUGGUGAUUGACCGGUCGAAGGAACUAACAGAUGAUGACAUCAGGAGUCAACUGGCUGACUGCUCCGACCUUGUAACCCUGUUGGAGAUAGCUCCGCCCACUCGGCAGCUCAUGGAGUGGAGGGAUAAUGGAGGAGUUAAGCAGCUCUUUUCCAGUUUUUGCCUACCACUAUUACACCCUGACUUAAAGCAGCUGUUCCCUUGUGGCGCAUCACCUAGGAAACCAGGAGGCUUGGAGGGAGGAGCAAGACACCAGACUGACCCAGAGGAGAUGAGAGAGCAACCUAGAGAGGGGGUCUGGGAAAACUCUGCUCAGCCGCUGCUGAAUGACUGGAGUUUGCUGCUAAACUCUGUUAAUCCAGUUCAAGCGGAAGGUGACGCUACUGUAGAAGACACUACUGCAGAAGUUUCUGUCACUCAUCCAGAACCUCCACCUCCUGGGAAUACCACCAGUGAGGAGAGUAGAUUGGAGGUGUCGUAUCCAGAGCCUCUCUCUGAGAUCUUCAUGAAUGUUAACCCAUUUGAAGAUAUGAGGGAAAACCCAUUGACUCACACACAGUCUGCUCUGAACAGCCAGGAUGCAGAGGAUAAGAGAAUGAGCAGUCGGGCACACAACCUCCUCCAGGCCCUGAAAAGACGAGACUCUUCCCCCAGUGCCGUGUACAGUCUUCACUCUUUAUGCGAGAGCAGCAGUCGUUCAUGCGUGGCAGCCAUAUUUUUCUGCCUGCUGGUUUUGAGGAAACAACAAAUCCUCAGUUUGCACCAGAGCAGCCCGUACAGUGACAUCAUGGCCACACCCGGGCCUCUCUUUUCUUCCUUUUAGAGCAGGCGGCCAUGAAGCAUGGAGGGAAAACCUUUAGAGAUGUUACAGCUCGGUAAAAGACUUUUUGGUUGGGAGCAAACUUGAUGGAUUUCUGUACAAAUUUAGUGUUAGAAAUUCCUAUGGAGACCUGCUUAAAAAUGUCCAAACUGUGGAAUUUGCCUGUAUGGUGUUAUACUGGUUGUAAAGAAGAAUAUGCAUAUCUAAUGAUUAUUAAUAUGAUUGUUUCAGUUAAAGCGAUUUCAUAAAUUGACUGAAUUGAAAAGUGACUUGGCAUGGAUUGAAACUAAAGCCUGAAAUGGUAUUUGUCUUUUUGUCCUAGAGUUUAAUGUAAUAAUUAAGUUUCAGUUCUGCUCCGAGUUGAUUAUUAUGAUCUGUGUGUUCUUUCUACCCAGUUCUUGAGACCAUUACAUGUACAAGUUAAAUAAUACGCAAUUAUUAGUAAUAAUAAAAAAGUAUUUUGUUCUUGCAGACACUUUUUCCACAGAGGUUUAGCAGUGCUCUUGUGUGAACAGAGACUGAUGCUAUAUUGAGAAGUGGCAUAAUUAGCAUAAGAAUACCUUUUUUAUGUUGUUUGUAGCUUUUCACGAUUAACUUUUAAUGAACUGAAGCUGUUUAAGUUUACCUUGUUAAAAUAGGAAUAUCUAACAUGAUGAAACAGGCUAAGAAAUCCUUAUUUGUUCGUCUCGCAAUCAUUAAAUGGCAUUAUUUAAAAGUAGAGGUUUGCUUACAAAACUUAGUUCAGAUGUUUUCUUAGACAUUAUUAGGAGAUGCAGAAUGACAUCUGAUAUUUAUACGUAUUUUAGGUAGUCUGUUAUAAAUGAUUUACAUUAGAAUUUAACCUUUUUAUCAGCAAAUUGCACUUUAGUUUAAGGACCGGUUCUCACUAUUAAUUAUUAUUUCUCACUAUCAGCAUGCCUGUAAUACAGAGGGUUAAAAAAAGUAUUGAUCUUAUGUUCUACUGGAUCCAGAUCAUGUGAUUGGCUGGGUCAUUCUAUCAGCUUUUUCUUUCUCUGAAACCAACUGAGAACUUCCUUGGCUGUGUUUGGGAUCAUUGUCUUGCUGAAAUGUCCAUUCAUCAUCCUGAACUAGCUAAUAUUAAUUUCCACUGACAGGCCGCAGGAUUGCUUUCUUAUUACUUGUAUAUCUUUUCUAGUGUCUUGGCAUUAAGUGGUUUUUUGCUCCUCCCUUUCUUUAUUAGUCACAACUUCAUUUCUGAACUUAUUUGUUUUCUUUGCAUGUAUGGAUUGCUUGGGUUGUUAUCAACAUCUGGUACUUUAUUUUUAUUACUCUAUAUUGGUAUUUUACCCACAGUAUACGAUUAAUGUAUUGACUGUUCAUUGCUUGUAAAGCACAUAUUUUGCAUGACCAUAUUCUGCAUGCCUAUUACUAACCUUACUAUUAAUGAGCAUUGAGACAAAAGUUGUAGUGGAUUUUCUAAAAAUGAGGAAAAGUUAAAAAAGUCUGAUACUUUGUUCUUGAAGCUGCUUUCAUUCAAGGAUACGGUGUCAUUUUGAUUAAAAGGACGUUUAGACAUGAACAAUGGUGAGUAUAAUUAUUUGUAUUAAUAGUGUAUGCAAACCAUUGUGAGUAUAAUAAUUGUGUAUGUUGAUUAUUUUUAUUAUUAAUAUAACAGUGUGUAUUGAUAGUGUACCUUUCGUUGCUAAGUGUUCUCUGUCUUCUUGUGUAAAAUUUCAUGUAAAAAAUAUAAUAAAUACUAUUUUGACCAUUUGGUCUCUGUCCCUUUAAGAGACGCCGUCGCAGCGUCACGCAAAUGCGUCUGUUGUGUUCUCAUCACCAUCAUCAUCAUCCUCAUCCUCAGCAGCAGCAGCAUCCGUCCAUCAGCGAGAUGACGGCGCGCGCAUCGCCGGCCCGAGCGCAGGGCACCGCCGACAUCCGUGAACAAACUUCACCGGGAUCCUGCACGACCGCGUCGGCGGAGGAGCCGAGGACAGAGAUCCGUCCCGAGGAAUCCUUGUAAUUGUGCCAUUACAAGGUGUGAGUCCUCCCCCAUGUCCCUCUCAGCGAACCGAAGGCCAUCUGCUGGUUCCCGCAGGUAAUGCUGUCCUUUUCCAUCAACGCACACGUCCGGUUUCACUGUGACAUGCUGUCUGAUAAGGACGUCAGAGCUCAGCUGUCACUGUGUGUGUGUGUCGCAGAAGGCCUGCUGCCCCAAGCAGCGCUCGACACUCGCACGGAGACUCGUCCGUCCGUAGCGGUUACUCAACAGCGUCCUGCAAGUGCACAGAAAACAAUACUGUAC